CUGAUUGAGGACAGAAGUGGACAACCCGCCGACCCAUCAGCGUUUUUGAGAGCCAGUACCCCUUCGAUCCUUCUUAUCCCACAAAAUUCCUCACCAAUCUAUCUCCUCUCGCCCCGCCCAUUGGAUUUCACUGUUAUGAAAUUGUUUUCGGAAUUUAGAUCUUGUUACCGUCCGCAUAACACUCCGGCAUCGACGGCGCCGCCCUCCGACACCGAUAGCCACCGCGUUCUGGAUCCUGCUUCCCCGCGCAGCAGGCUCCAGCGCUCGCAUUGGCGGCCUUCACUUUCGGUGAUCAUGGAGGAUUCUGCGGAUCAGCAUCGCCGCACCAACCUUGAUAAAAAUAACAAGUCUGGGAAGAAAUUGUCGGCUAAGCCCAGAUCAUCGCUUAACACUAGCUGUUCCUUUCACACCGACAUCCGCCCGAGGAACUGCAUCAUGCCGCCGGUGAUAGUAAUCUCUCCAUUCUCGGCUACACCGUACAUGUUUUGAGCUUUGCCUCUCAGCCUUGUAUAUUCCUGCCACGCUAUUUACUCACCGAAUUUAGUUUUCCAAUUUUGUUUGUUGGAUGGAACAUUGUUCUUGCCAGGGAGCCUCCCAAUUGUGUGAAUUUUUCUCUGAACAGUUCAGAUCA